AUGGCCAAGGGUGAGUGCCGCACGACAGAAGAGCGCCCGGUCCAGAAUGCCCACGAACCCAUCGUGCGUCGACGUAAAGCACUGGCGACUUCAGUUCCAUCGGUACGGCAGCUCGAGAGAAAUUUCCGUGAAGUGGCCAGCAAAUUCUACCAGUCGACCGUGGUUGAGUUGAUCCUUCGGCGCAAGCACUUGACUGCGUCCAAAGACGGAAGGCACAUCCCACUUUCCAUUGAGCACCGCGAGCCUUUGGUCGACACCAGGCGAGGCCACUCGUACAUCUCCAACAAUGUUCGGACAUGCAGAUACACGGUCUGGGAUUUCAUCCCGAAACAGCUGUUCUUUCAAUUCACCCGUGUAGGAAACUUUUACUUCCUGUGUGUUGGCGUGCCGCAAAUGAUCCCCGGCUUGUCGACAACUGGGUCGUAUACAACAAUUUUGCCCUUGCUCUUCUUCAUUCUCUUGUCCAUAGCCAAGGAAGGAUACGAUGACUUUAGGAGACAUCGACUGGACAAGGUGGAAAAUGCCAACUUUGCGACGGUCCUCGGCAGAGAAGACUACUGCACGGCAAAACCCAAACCUCUGCGUCUGCUCAACCGUCUGAACCCUUUUCACAUUGAAACCACAGCUAAAUGUCGCCCUGUGGCCGAUGAGGAGUUUGAGGGUAUUCGCUGGGUCUCGACCAGGUGGAGCAACAUCAAGGUCGGAGAUGUUGUGAGACUGUCUCGCGAUGACCCUAUCCCUGCCGACCUGGUAUUGCUCCAUAGCGACGGAGAAAACGGCCUUACAUAUGUCGACACGAUGGCGCUCGAUGGCGAAACAAAUCUCAAAACCAAGCAGGUUUGCCAUGCUCUUGAGGGUUGCAGUACCAUUCAAGGCAUCGCAAACACCAAAGCUGAGUUUGUUGUUGAGGACCCGAAUCCCGAAUUGUUUAAUUUUGACGGCAGAGUCACGAUGAACGGGAAAGCCGUACCGUUGACUUUGAACGAUGUCAUUUACAGAGGCAGCGUCAUGAGAAAUACGACAUCGGCUACAGGCAUUGUCAUCAACACAGGUGAGGAAUGCAAAGUCCGCAUGAACUCAAAUCAGCAUCCCAGAGCAAAAAAACCGGCACUUGAGAAGGUAGUCAACAUGGUUGUCAUAACUCUUGCUGCUUAUGUUGUCAUUCUCUCCGUCGGCGUAUCAAUGGGCUAUGUCAAAUGGAAAGGCGACUAUGAGCAGCUUGCCUGGUAUUUGGAUAGGGCCACGGUACCCUUUUACCAAAUCAUUAUUGCGUUCAUCAUCAUGUUCAACAACGUUAUUCCUCUAGCUCUCUAUAUUAGCUUGGAGAUUGUCAAGAUUGGUCAACUGUUGCUCCUGAAUUCCGACAUCGAAAUGUACCACGACGAGUCUGAUACCCCGGCUCGGUGCAACACCAACACUAUCUUGGAGAAUCUAGGCCAAGUUGGCUACAUAUUUUCUGACAAAACUGGUACCUUGACCGACAACAUAAUGAAAUUCCGAAAAUUGAGUGUUGCAGGGACAGUUUGGCUGCACGAAAUGGACCUGGAAGAAACCGAUGGUUAUGAUCCUAUUCAGAAACCCACGGUACACUCCUUCGCCCGGAGACCUCUGAUUCAAAAACCCGACAAAGUUUCCCCCACAAUUCACGAAGACCAAAUCAGCGCCCUGGAAAAGCCAAUGUCUCCGUCAAGGGCAUCUUUUGCUGGCCGACGAUCGUCCUCGCAGUGGCGUUCAACUGGUCGCCCAGACCACAUCCAACCAGACGUCAACACAUCUGAUCUCGUUGACUAUCUCAGAGUCCGACCGAAUUCUGCGUUUUCCAGGAAAGCUAGAGAAUAUCUUCUAGCGAUUGCCUUGUGUCACACUUGCUUGCCUGAAGUAAAAGACGGCAAAAUGGACUUCCAAGCAUCUUCGCCGGACGAAUUGGCUCUAGUUCGAGCCGCCUACGAGCUGGGGUAUCGAAUUACGCGCCGCACGGCCAAAUCGAUCACCUUGCAAGUCCCCCAGCCAAACGGAGGCACCGAGAAGAUGGAAUUUGAGAUCCUAGACGUAAUUGAGUUCAGUAGUGCACGAAAACGUAUGUCAAUCGUCGUCCGAUAUCCAGAUGGGCGGAUAUCUAUCAUUUGCAAAGGCGCCGAUUCGGUAAUCCUCCCCAGGCUGAAAUUAGCCUCUUUGGCUAUGCAAAAGGCCAAUGAAGUGAGGAAAAGUGCAGAUCUUGAACAUGAGAUGUACCGCCGAAGCCAGCAGCACGAACCCCGUAAUAGUUUUGGCGGGAGGCUCAGUCUAACCGCACGACGAACUCCCGUUAUAUACCGAGACCGCAGCAUCGAUCAACAGCGACCUCCGAUGAACAGAAGAAGGUCUUUUGAAGUACACAAGCUUAUGAGACCUUCCGAUGACCGCCAACAUUGCAGCCCUCUUGCGCCGCGCGGAGUCUCCUUGGACGUAUCUAGAACGACAGCCUUGAGCCCAUCGAGCCAUCACCAACCGCAAUCCGUGCCAGCGCAUCUCGGUUUUCUUGAAGACUCUACCAUCUAUGGCGAGUCUGAGAUUUUCACCAAGUGCUUCAAGCAUUUGGAUGAUUUUGCAACGGAAGGCUUACGAACAUUGCUCUACGCCCAAAGGUUCAUAUCCGAUCAUGAGUACCGAUCGUGGAAAAAGUGUUACGACGACGCGUCAACCAGUCUUGUUGAUCGACAGGAGCUCAUUGAGGCAGCAGGCGAUGUGAUUGAGCAGUCGUUUGACCUUAUUGGAGCGACUGCAAUCGAAGACAAGCUUCAGCAAGGGGUUCCCGAAACUAUUGAUAAACUACGACGAGCCAACAUUAAAAUCUGGAUGCUGACAGGCGACAAGCGCGAGACAGCUAUUAACAUUGCCCAUUCCGCCAGGAUAUGUCGCCCUGGGUCCGACUUGUAUGUGCUGAACGUUGCCAAAGGAUCGCUAGAGUCCCAGCUCAUGGCACUAGCCGAGGAAUUGCACAAUGGAUCAACACACAGCGUUGUUGUCAUCGAUGGUCAAACGCUGGCAAUUGUGGAAAAGUCCGAUUCCCUUUCGAAGCGAUUCUUCUCAAUUAUGCUGCUUGUUGAUUCGGUGAUUUGCUGCCGUGCGUCUCCUGCCCAAAAGGCGCUGUUGGUGAGAACUGUGCGGUCCUUGUUAGGCAAGCUCAAGGGUAAUGAGCAUCGCGGCUUGACCUUGGCCAUUGGCGAUGGAGCCAACGACUUGGCUAUGAUUCAAGCAAGCCAUGUGGGCAUUGGAAUAUCUGGAAAAGAAGGGCUUCAGGCAGCGCGUGUUGCAGACUACUCGAUUGCGCAGUUUCGUUACCUUCAACGACUACUCCUCGUCCAUGGUCGAUGGAGCUACGUGCGGACAGCGAAGUUUAUUCUCUACACGUUUUGGAAGGAAAUGUUCUUCUACCUUCCCGCUGCCCAGUACCAAAGGUACAACGGAUACACCGGUACAUCACUCUACCAAGCGACGAGCUUGACGGUGUUCAAUACCCUGUUCACGAGUCUGUGCACAAUCUGCAUGGGAAUUUGGGAACAGGAUCUCAGUGCCGAGACGCUCCUUGCUGUCCCGGAGCUCUACGUAUAUGGGCAACGCAACAUGGGACUGAACCCAUGGAAAUACGUCCGCUGGAUGAUUCUGGCCGCGGUCGAAGGAGUCAUCGUCUGGUACGGCGUCUGGGCAGGGUACGGCUGGAUCUCUCCUGCAGCCCGUGACGAGGGCGUAUACGCUCUGGGCACUCUCGCAUUUACUGUAGGGGUACUGUGGAUUAACUGGAAGCUAUUUAUUUUCGAAACCCACUACAAGUCAACCAUUGUCAUGUGCUCCUUUUUCAUCACAACGUGUGGUUGGUUUGCCUGGUUAGCCUUUUUAGAUGGUGUCUACGCGCCAGGCCCAGAGGGCCCAUACCUCAUCCGGCACACCUUUACACGCGCAUUUGGCAAUGAUGCCGUGUGGUGGGCAACGGCCUUUGUCGUCCUCGCGUUCCUCGGCCUCAUGGAGCUCGUCGGCAAGACCAUCAAGCGGAACAUGUUGGCAGCAGGCAUGUGGCACUGGCCGCCAUGGAAAAUGCAUCGGUUGAGCGACAACGCAGAGGAAUGGGACCUCCAAGUCUGGCAAGAGAUGGAACAGGACCCCAAGGUCCGUGAGCGGUUGAGGAGACUGGCCAAUGACGAAGAGGGGAUGGAAGACAUGGAAGCGGAGGAUGUGUUUGAUGUCGAAGCUAGAAUGGAUGGGUAG